AUGGAGACACGGGAGAGCCUCUCAGUACCAAAGAAAUGUCAGAAGGCUCGCGAGCACUUUGGUACAGUGAGAACCCAGCUGGAAUCUCUGAAGACCAAGUUUCCCACUGAUCAGUAUUACAGAUUUCAUGAGCACUGGAGGUUUGUGCUUCAGCGGUUGGUGUUUCUGGCAGCGUUCGUAGUCUUCUUGGAGUCCGAAACGUUAGUGACCCGAGAAGCUGUUGCAGAAAUACUUGGGAUUGAAGCCGAUCGGGAGCGGGGCUUUCACCUGGACAUUGAAGACUAUCUUUCUGGUGUGUUGACUCUCGCCAGUGAGCUGGCCAGACUGGCAGUGAACAGCGUCACGGCUGGUGACUAUUCUCGCCCUCUCCGCAUCUCAACCUUUAUCAAUGAGCUGGAUUCUGGCUUCCGACUGCUCAACCUGAAGAACGACUCCCUGAGGAAACGUUACGACGGCCUGAAAUACGACGUCAAGAAAAUCGAGGAAGUGGUUUAUGACUUGUCGAUCAGAGGACUCAAUAAGGAGGCAGCAGGUGGUGCUGGUGGGGAGAAGUGAAGGGUGCUGGUGUGAACAGCAUCGCUGAUUACCUCAGAUGGUUGCCAAUUGAGGAAGCGUGCUAGAGAAGCCUUCCUACAGUAGUUUAGAAGAACUGCAGCUGAAAGCUGCUCUCUAUUUUCUUACAAAAGGUGUAGUACGGGUGUUAGCUCCCCAAAUGUUUUGUAAAAUCAUGUCUAGAUUAGAGCAGGAGGUGCUCUGUUUCCAGUGGAAUUCCUCUGUCAAAACACACGGUGCCGUUCUGCGCUCAGCAGCGCUGGCAGUCGGUAACGCCCCUGAGCUGGAACCCUCGUUAGGUCUGCAGCGUCGCCUCACUGCCCUGGCAGCGAUGUGCUUCACCCCUCCCUGCUCACAUCCC